AUGUGGGGAUGCGUAUAUGACUAGUCUCAGUUUUGUUCCAUCAUUCUUUGUUUCUCUCCGUUUUGAAUGAAUACUGGUUUUUGUGAUAUUAAAAAAAAAAAAAAAACUAGAGCCCAAAGCCCUUAAGUUCUCUUCUAAAAUUGAGAAAACUCGCUUACCGUAUUUGUUAUUUUGUUUUGUAAAACCUCUCCUUCUCUCUAUUCAUGAAAAUGAAAAUGGAGAAAGCUUUCAGUCUGGUUCAGACAAUUGCAGUGGCAACAGUCUUCUCUGCUGUUUCCGGCUGGUACGGCUUCAUGUUUGGAAGUGAAUCUGCUCGCAAAGAGCUUGGAAGCUUAAUCCAAGACCUUCGCCGCCAGAAUCCCAAUUCCGAUCCACCUCAUUCCUGACUUCAUUGGAUUGCAUUCUUUCGGAAAAGCUUUAGUUGCCCACGCCUCCCUCUUGCAAUCGGACCACCAGCGAGCAGGUGAUGUGUAAUUGUGCCCCAUCUCAAUCACAUUGUCAGCAAGUUAGCAACCGCGUGAUGACUAGAUAUGAAAAUGAGCUAUGUGCGUAUGACUGUUUCAUCUCCAAGAAUUUUUGGUAUAUUGGGCCGGUUUUGUAUUGUAUAGGAUCAAAAGCUAAAUAUGUAUGUCUAGCUAUACUUUCCUUAUUCCCACUACAGUUCUGAAACCAAGCUAAUGAUGAGAACUUCAGGCCAAGGAUUCCUGUUGAUGACAAGGACAGUGAAAUGCAUUGCUAAGGACAGUUUAAGUAUGCAUGAGUUUUUGAAGUCGG